AUGCCGUCCCGGUCCGCAAUAAACAGAGCCAAGGCUGGAGAGCCUGGAAGGAUGCUAGUGAGAGGGUGCACUGCACACAAAAUGGAGAUGGAUGGAGGUAGUAAGUACAGAUCAAGAGGCCACACAAUGGGCAGCAACAACUACAAAAGGCUCCCCUACCUGCUGCUCCUGCUGCUGGCUGUCGGUGCCGCCACGCUGAGCGUCAGCGUGCUGCACAAGAUGAGGGAACGGCGCCUUCUCUCCGUCCUCCUCCAGGAACGCGAGCAGCAGCUCAUGUCCCUCCAGGUCCGCCUCGAGAAUGAGAAGGAAAUUAGUAAAGAGAUGAGGAGAAAAGUGGAUGAACUGGAAGCUAAAACGUCUAUCCUGAGUAUUGAGAGGACAGAACUGAAGAACAAGGUCAUGAAUUCAGAAACAACCACCACCUAUCUUACCAACACCCAGAAAGAACUGGAGGCAGCUCUUGUGGAGAAAGAGAGCCAUAUCAACCAAAUGAAAGAGAUUGUAGCUGCUUCAGGGCCUGACCAGAUGUCUGCUAUAAAAGAACUCCUGCAACAAAAGGAAGCUGAGCUUGAAGAGAUCAAGACCAAGUUCAGCGGCAAUGCUGUGUUAGCCACAAACAAUGAAAAUGCAACUUCUGACACUGUGGCACCUGAGAAUUCUGCAAGCUCUGAUGAUACCAUACCUGCUCCAACAACCAUACCUGCUCCAACAGAAGAUCAUUCCUAUAACAGCACUGCAUCAGAGAGCAACCACCAAGACGAGAGAAUUUUAGAGAGCACAAACAACAAAGAUGUAAAUCCUGAUGCUGUGAUACCUGAGGAAAAAAUAAAUUCCAGUGAUUCCAUGCCUGCUACAGGAGAAGAACUGCAUUCCGACGACACCACUGCAUCAGAGAGCAACCACUCAGAUGAGAGAACUGUAGUGGGCACAAACAACGAAGAUGCUGUAACUCCUGACACUGUCAUAGCUGAGGAAAAAGCAAACUCCAGUGGUUCCGCACCUGAUCAAGCAGAAGAACUGCAAUCCUACAACACCACCGCAUCCGAGAGCAACCACCAAGAAGAUGGUUCAUCAGAAGGUCAGUUUGUAAAGUUCACAACUAACUUCGAAGAUGAUGCCUUACAAGAGAAAACAGACGAUGCCAAUCAAAGUUCUGACGACCCCCCUCUAAAGGGAACGCAUUCAGAGGAAUCUGAACUUCGUCAAUCGGCAGACAGUCAAGAAAUCAGCAAAGAAGAAGUAGAUGGGAGAAAACAAUUGGAGGACACCCAAGGCGAGGUCAGCUACCACAGCAGAGAGAGUAAGCUGCUUGAGAAGGAAGACGGCAAAGAAGUUGCUAGAGAACCAGAGAAGGAAAUCAACCCUGAUGGUGAGAUGAAGAUCUCAAAAGACAGUCAAGAAAUCAGCAAAGAAGAACUCGAUGGGAAAAAGCAAUUGGAGGACCCCCAAGGCGAGGUCAGCUACCACAGCAAAGAGAGUAAGCUGCUUGAGAAGGAAGAUGGCAAUGAAGUUGCUAGAGAAGCAGAGAAGGAAAUCAGCCCUGAUGGUGAGAUGAAGAUCUCAAAAGACAGUCAAGAAAUCAGCAAAGAAGAACUAGAUGGGAAAAAACAAUUGGAGGACCACCAAGGCGACCACAGCACAGAGAGUAAGCUGCUUGAGCAGGAAGAUGGAAAAGAAGUUGCUAGCGAACCAGAGAAGAAAAUCAACCCUGAUGGCGAGAUGAAGAUCUCAAAAGACAGCUUGACUGAAGCCAACCAAGAGAUAAUCCAAGUCGUGGAACCUGUUGCCAGCCCUGCAGAUGCAAACCUCAGCUUGUCCACAAAUAACAGGGAAUCAAAAGAGACAAGCAAGAGGCGUAGGAAGAGGAAGUCCAGAUCUAAAAGGAGGAAGAGGACCGAUGUUGCUGCCAGCAAUGUUGAUGGAGAAGUCAUCAAAGGGAGGUAG